UCCUAAUCGAUCACAGGCCUAAAUGGGAAGAAAUCUAAAAAAGAUUAAAGGGGCAUACUGCCUUUAAGACUAUACUUUCCUAAUCGAUGAUUCCUAAAUCUAGAAAUAGGUAAUUGAUGUGUGUGGGCUGGGCAUCUGUGGAAGGGCCGCCUCGUGGUGCCUUCUGCUGAGAAGACCCAAGGAAAGAAAGUGGAGGCCAGGUUUCGACUGUAGCUUUUGGCUUACCUGUGCAGUCCAAUUUUGAGCUGCCUCUUUGUAGUCCUAAGAGACAAGAGCUCCCACUAACCCAUACGUUUCUGUGGACCAGUCCUGUGUCUACUCCUUGCCAUGGCUCAGCUCCAAACACGCUUCUACACUGAUAACAAGAAAUAUGCGGUAGAUGAUGUUCCCUUCUCAAUCCCUGCUGCCUCUGAAAUUGCUGAUCUUAGUAACAUCAUCAAUAAAUUGCUGAAAGACAAAAAUGAGUUCCACAAACAUGUGGAGUUUGAUUUCCUUAUCAAGGGCCAGUUUCUGCGCAUGCCGUUGGUCAAACACAUGGAACUGGAGAACAUCUCAUCAGAAGAAGUUGUGGAACUAGAAUAUGUAGAAAAGUACACUGCACCCCAGCCAGAGCAAUGCAUGUUCCAUGAUGACUGGAUCAGUUCAAUAAAAGGGGCAGAGGAAUGGAUCUUGACUGGUUCUUAUGAUAAGACUUCUCGGAUCUGGUCCUUGGAAGGAAAGUCAAUAAUGACAAUUGUGGGACAUACAGACGUUGUAAAAGAUGUGGCCUGGGUGAAAAAAGACAGUUUGUCUUGCUUGUUACUGAGUGCCUCUAUGGAUCAGACUAUUCUUUUAUGGGAGUGGAAUGUAGAGAAAAACAAAGUAAAAGCCCUACAUUGCUGCAGAGGUCAUGCUGGAAGUGUGGACUCUGUAGCCGUCGAUAGCUCAGGAACUAAAUUUUGCAGUGGCUCCUGGGAUAAGAUGCUAAAGAUCUGGUCUACAGUGCCUACAGAUGAAGAAGAUGAAAUGGAGGAAUCUACAAAUCGACCUCGAAAGAAACAGAAAACAGAGCAGUUGGGACUAACAAGGACUCCCAUGGUGACCCUCUCUGGCCACAAGGAAGCAAUUUCGUCAGUUCUCUGGUCAGAUGCUGAAGAAAUCUGCAGUGCAUCUUGGGACCACACAAUUAGAGUGUGGGAUGUUGAGUCUGGCAGUCUUAAGUCAACUUUGACAGGAAAUAAAGUAUUUAAUUGUAUUUCCUAUUCUCCACUUUGUAAACGUUUAGCAUCUGGAAGCACAGAUAGGCAUAUCAGACUGUGGGAUCUCCGAACUAAAGGUGAAUGGUUCUUUGGUGUUGCUUUCCCUAACCUCACAUACAGGCUGGGUGACAUCAGUAAAGUGGUCUCCUACCCAUGAACAGCAGUUGAUUUCAGGUUCUUUAGAUAACAUGGUCAAGCUGUGGGAUAC